UGCAGCUUCGCCACUCAGCACAGCGACAGAGAGAGCCAGGAGGAGAGAAGGGGCAGGUGCGAGGCAGCAGCCCUCGCUGGGAGCGGGGAGAGGAGGACCCCUCCUGGCAGGACUCCAGCGAUGUCUGGAAGGAGCCUGAGGCAUCCUUGUCAAUUUUCAUUCACAGGACCAAGCCCGUGUGCCAUGCCAUGCAGUGAGAAACAGCUUUGCGUGAAGAGGGAUUUUCCCUUCCCAGAUACGCUCCUCACCAGCCAGGUAAAGUCACACAGGUGCUCCCAGGGGAACAGAGCUGCUGAACCACUGUGUGUGAGGCAGAAGCAAGCUGCCUGAACAGAAUCUCAUCGAGGCCAUUUGAGAGCAUCUGCACUCGGGACUCAAGGCCGUGGACUGUGCUCGUGUCCUGCUGACCGGCGGACUCCUGUGCUCAGGACCCUUGAGGCAGGGCCCAGUGCGAGGGGCGGGAGGAGGCCCAGCAUGGGUUUCCAGGCACCGGGGCCGCUUAGUCCUUGGCAGUGGCUGCUGCUGCUAGUGGCCCUCAAGGGUUCCAAAGCAACGUCUGAUUUGAACAAACCCACGGAUUCCACGGCCCAGCAGGAGCCUGGGGCUGGGUUUGCUGCUUCGGGCCCGGCUCUGGGUGAGGUCACUGUCUUUGCACUGGACUAUGACUACGUGCAAGUCCCCUAUGAAGUCACCCUCUGGAUCCUUCUAGCUUCCCUCGCAAAAAUAGGCUUCCACCUCCACCACCGGCUGCCAGGCCUCAUGCCGGAAAGCUGCCUGCUCAUCAUUGUGGGGGCUCUGGUGGGGGCCAUCAUUUUUGGCACCGACCACAAAUCGCCUCCUGUCAUGGACUCCAACAUCUACUUCCUGUACCUCCUCCCUCCCAUUGUCCUGGAGAGCGGCUACUUCAUGCCCACUCGGCCCUUCUUUGAGAACAUUGGCUCCAUCCUGUGGUGGGCUGGCCUGGGGGCCCUGGUCAACGCCAUGGGCAUCGGCCUCUCCCUCUACCUCAUCUGCCAGAUCAAGGCCUUUGGCCUCAGCGACGUCAACCUGCUUCAGAACCUGCUGUUCGGCAGCCUGAUCUCUGCCGUGGACCCGGUGGCCGUGCUGGCUGUGUUCGAGGAGGCGCGUGUGAACGAGCCGCUGUACAUGAUGAUCUUCGGGGAGGCCCUCCUCAAUGACGGCAUCAGUGUGGUCUUAUACAAUAUACUAAUCGCCUUCACAAAGAUGCACAAGUUCGAAAGCAUAGAGCCUGUCGACAUUUUGGCUGGAUGUGCCCGAUUCAUUAUUGUGGGGGUUGGGGGAGUCUUUUUCGGCAUUGUUUUUGGAUUCGUUUCUGCGUUUAUCACACGUUUCACUCAGAAUAUCUCUGCAAUUGAACCGCUCAUCGUCUUCAUGUUCAGCUAUUUGUCUUACUUAUCUGCUGAGACCCUCUACCUCUCUGGCAUCCUGGCCAUCACGGCCUGUGCGGUGACCAUGAAAAAGUAUGUGGAAGAGAACGUGUCCCAGACGUCCUACACAACCAUCAAGUACUUCAUGAAGAUGCUGAGCAGUGUCAGCGAGACCCUGAUCUUCAUCUUCAUGGGCGUGUCCACCGUGGGGAAGAACCACGAGUGGAACUGGGCCUUCGUGGGCUUCACACUGGCCUUCUGCCUGGUCUGGAGAGCCAUCAGCGUGUUUGCUCUCUUCUAUGUCAGUAACCGGUUCCGGACCUUCCCCUUCUCCAUCAAGGACCAGUGCAUCAUUUUCUACAGCGGCGUUCGAGGAGCUGGCAGCUUUUCGCUGGCGUUUCUGCUGCCUCUGUCUCUUUUCCCUAGGAAGAAAAUGUUUGUCACGGCUACUUUAGUAGUUAUAUAUUUUACUGUGUUUAUUCAGGGAAUCACAAUUGGCCCUCUGGUCAGAUAUCUGGAUGUUAAAAAAACCAAUAAGAAAGAAUCCAUCAAUGAAGAGCUUCACAUCCGUCUGAUGGAUCACUUGAAGGCGGGAAUUGAAGAUGUGUGUGGGCAAUGGAGCCACUACCAAGUGCGAGACAAGUUUAAGAAGUUUGAUCACAAAUAUUUACGGAAAAUCCUAAUCAGAAAGAACCUGCCGAGGUCCAGCAUCGUUUCCUUGUACAAGAAGCUGGAAAUGAAGCAAGUUCUUGAGAUGGCGGAGACCGGGGCCCUGAGCGCCACAGCCUUGUCCAGGCCCCACCAGGCCCAGCGGACACAGGGAACCAAGAGGCUUUCCCCUGAAGACGUGGCGUCCAUGAGGGACCUUCUGACGCACAACAUGUACCAAGUGCGACAGAGGACACCGUCCUAUAACAAAUACAACCUCAAAUCCCGAACAGUUGAGAAGCAGGCUAAAGAGAUCCUGAUCCGCCGCCAGAACACCUUACGCGAGAGUAUGAGGAAAGGCCGCAGCCUGCCAUGGGGAAAGCCGGCCGGUGCCAAAAACAUCCGCUACCUCUCCUUUCCCUACAGCCAUCCUCAGCCAGCAAGGAGAGACGGGGAGGCUGCUGCACGCGAAGAUGCGGACAGCAGUGAUUCGGAACUCUCCUUCAUCAUGUUCAACGCACACUCUCCAACACGGUCGCUUCAAGAGAGACAACGGACACAACAAAUAACCACAAGGCAGAGUUCAAACAGAGGAGGGAAGCCGUCCGGCUCUGGCUAUCAAACAAGUCCAAGCCAAGAAGAGCAUGUUGGCCGGAGCAAAAGGGCUUUGAGGCCCAGACCGCUGUUUCACACCGUGGAUGAGGAGCGUGAAUCUGGAGAAGAGAGUGGGGAAGAGGCCUCAGCCCCGGGCGCCAGACAGUCGGCUGAGCACAGGAGGGAGCGCCGCAGGUCUUGCAGCCCUUUGCUCCGAAGGAAAUAGUCGUGUUGUGCACAGGGUUGCUCGCGCUUCCCCGGAGCCAUCUCCCUGUUGUGUGGGUGGAGGGUUUUCAGAAUUCUGAAGAAAGCUACUGAGUUUGCUUUUUUGAAGCUGAGUCAGGCAUCUGUAAGAGGCAGGGGGUUUCGGAGGACGGGGAGCACUAACUUGCAGGCGGUGCCAUAUUCUUAGCUGGUAUACUUUGUAGAUGCUUUCCUGUGAGUCAAAGACCUUUAUCACCCCAGAAAUUAUUCACUAAGAAUUUCUAAGAGUGUGUGAUCCAUUUAAUUUAUCGAGAUGCAAUGUGGUUGGUAAUUUACCUUCACAAUAUGCACGUACAACUUACAGUCAAGGUAGCCCUCAGAGGAGCCCUAGAAAUAUUCUGACCCAACUCCGUGAGGUUACAAAUGAGGACAUCUUGCCCAAGGUCACGUGGUGAGUUGCUGCUUCACAAGCUAAUUGACCUCCCUCCCAGGAGAAUGCAUUUGAUUUUAAUUUUGAUACGCACUAUUCAGUAAUUAUGGGGAGAGGUAAAACUUAUCAUAGCAUUGCUAUACUUAAUCAGUAGCAACAAUAGAUACAGAUAAAGAAUUAAUCUACAGACAAUGAUCUUGUCUAUAUUAUAAUUAGAAUAUUUCUUUCAAAAACAAAUAUUAGAAACAAAAUAGCCAUAAUCAGGCUUUAAAUAGCAAUUAUAUACCAGGUAUUUAUUAGAUGUGCAUUUUUAAGGUAUGAUAUUUUGCCCUAAGGAUUGAAACUAUUCUCCAAUUUAAUUUUCCAUCUUCAUUGACCCCAAACUUGACCUUGAACCUCACACUCCAGCUCACCAACUAUGUUAGAUGGCUUUAUCUUUCCUUCCUCUUCUCUGUCUUCUGGCCACCGAGAUAUUUAAGAUUUAUGAAGUACUAUUUAUUGUGCCAAAUGGCUAAUCUAUAAAGAUAAAUUAACCAUCUGUCCUUUAUCGCUGCUAUUUUUGACAUCUCUGAGCAUCACCAACGGACUUAACCCUGUGCAUCUUUCAAGGUUGCCCAGCUCCCCAGAGCCUUGUCCUCUGGUGUUACCCCAUGCUAGUGGCUGAUGAAAAUGCAGGACUUCCCACAGGUUUAUAGUUUGUGAAUGGCACUCACUCAGGUUCGGCUGCAGUGGUAGAAAUGGCAAAGGAACCAUUUGUCUUUCUUCUUCUGAAUCUAAAAUACAAGACUGCUUCCAAGUUGUCUAAAUAUUUGCAUCUUAAUAAAAUUGUAUACUACCACAUACUAGCAAUCAGCCCAAAGGGACAAAGCACAUAUAAGACCCAGGGAUCUCUGGGCUUUUCUUUUUAUUUAAACAAACCAGCAGUCAAAGCCACAAAAAAAAACAAACAAACAAAAAAAAACCUAUGGCCCUGGAGUUACUACCCUUAAACCGUAGAUGGACAGACAGAGACAGAGGGGGGUUGUCAGAAAUCACCUUUCCAAAUCCACAUGCAGGCCGGUUCUUGAGAGGUGGGCCUGGUCCCUCACUGGACUUUCCACACAAGCCAGAACCCGUCCUGCGGAGGCCCUUCCGGGGCUGCCCCGGGGCUGCGGGGAGUCACCUGACUGUGCUAUGGAAUGUGGAAUUUAUGAAACUGGUGCAGAAGUGACAGUCGGACACUGUGAGGGUCAGGAAAGAGCCUUUAAUUAAAGCAGCGUUGCUGGUUCAGGGUACUCUAAGAUCCAGAUCCUGAACCGCCUGGACAAUGAGAUUUUUCUCUCUAUAUAUUGAAGGGGUUAAAAAGAACAAAACAGGGCAGAGAAAGAUUCAUUGUGCUCUGCAGAUAUCCUGCAGAAAGCUUGCAGCCUUGAGCACAGCAUAGCUCAGAUAAUCAGGAGACACCUGGCAUAGGAGGAACUAAGGACAAACCAGGCCCGUCUCCCACAUUCUUUCACAAAUGGAGUUAAUUACCGGCUAGCAAGAGAGUGCAGUAGAAAGCAGGUUACUGGGACAAUUUCAGAUUGCUAGCCCCCCGAAAAUGUCUCAUUUUCCCUAUCAACUACGGUUCUUCUCAGAGAGGCUGGCUCCAUUUGGGAGACGGUUAGGCUUCGAGAGUAGAUUGGAAUGUUCUCCUUUAACUGGUGGAAGCCAUAAUGGAGUUGUUUUCCCAGAGGACUUUGCUCACCUAGACACUGUCUGGUUAGGGCUGCCCAUGUCUGAGAAGCAGCCCUGGGACCUGCCUGGAAGGCACGGCGGGCGAGCAGCACGCAGUCCUGGUGGCUCUGGUAGACUCGGAGAGCUCGUGGUGGGCUGGCCUCUUUGUUUUUCAUCCAAGAUGGCUUCAAAAUGCAGUGUGAUCUGAUCGUUCCUUUCGUAACUCGGGAUGACUUGAGGGUAUAACAGGUGCCCGAGGGAUGCUCUAGUUUCCCAGGACAAGUGUUUUGAGCAGACACCACACAACUCAGCAGCGAAAGGUUCCUCUGGAGUGCUGAGGAAGAUCUGGCUCUUCUUCCUUCCUCGGCUCCGGGAGGGCUGAAUCCCAUGAGGGGUGCUCUCCCGGCCUGCUGCUCCAGGCCUGCUGCUGC